GUUCCGAAACGGAACAGACCAUUCCGAAUCCGAACAGAGAUCCUGAGCACACAAGGCCGAAAAUUUAUGUAAUUGCAAUAACCAAUAACCGAACAGAGUAAAUGUGAGAAAUUCGUAUUUUGCUAGCAAAUUUAGAGCCGAGUUUUAAAAAACCUAAGCCAGGUUAAUUUCCUGUGAUAAAAUGAUUAUUCCUGAAGAUGGCAAUCUGCCUAAGAUUACUAGAAAAGGUUUUGCAGCAUUUAACAAUAUUAUGCUCAUCAGGGUUCCUGAUAAAUUUAAGAAACCCGGAGAAACAACCUACCAGUUUGCAACAUUAGAUCGGAGCAAAAAGGGAGAAAGGUGGCCAGCCGAUGCAUAUGUAGAUAUGUUAAAUUCACUCCCUUUAAACGAAACCAAUUCUGCUGAAAACUCAUCGAAAUGUAAGGAGGAUGCUAAAAAAGUGACUACUAGAAAAUAUGGAAAAUUUCUUCCGAAAAAAUUCCCCAAGAACUUUUCCAAAAAAGAUCAAAAAGUUAGCAGUUCAACUCCACCACUUUCCCCAGAUACUGCUAACUCAAAACAUCACUUCAUGCCGAAUGCCUUUCAGGAUUCAAAAGUUUCGCAUAGAAGAUUUCACAGUGGUAACCAUUUUCAAUAUGAUGAAAGGAAUUUUAAUGACACGGCACAUAAUUACAGACACCGUCCAAAUAAAUUUUCAAAUGACCAUCCAUCGUAUGGUAGACGUGAGUCUGGAGAGGGUACUUCAUUAAAUUCUUUUGCAAAUAGAUAUGGUUCACAAAGCCAUACUGUAAGUGCAACUGUUUCAAGGAAUCCACCUAUAAGAGACAGGUCCUAUGAUGGUGAUUUUCCAAGAAAUACCCCUGUUUUCCCCAGUACAUUCGCACCCAAUCCAAGAGAAAAUCAUUUCCAUAUUCCUGAGAUUUCCAAUCCAAAUUUUUCACUUGCAGGUAGAAAUUCUGAUGAAUAUUUUGUUCAAAAUGUUCCUAAUACCUUUGAAAGGCAAAUGUUUCCUUCAUACAAUUCAAAUAGACCAGAAUUCAUGAAUAACAACAAUUUUGAAAUACAACCCUUUCUUUGUGACCCGAUGGGACCAGGUUUGAAUGCUGGCAAUAAUCCUCCCCCCCUUCUCCCUCAUCCCACACUUCCUCCAUAUGACAAUUUUAAUGAUGGACAGUUUCAAAAUAAUUUUGAUGGAAGAAAACCUCAUCAUGACCAAAAUUCUUGGAAGAAUCACAAUCCACAUUUUCGUAGAAAAGGUCGUAAUCAAAGGAUGCAUAAAAAGCCAUGGAGAGGAGGAGCUCAUAACAAGUUUUCAAAAGGGAAUAAUAAUAGAAGAGAUAACAGAUAUGAAAGAAAAGAGCUUUCUUGAUUUUCUUGCUUCAGCAUAUUAUGUACUUAAAAAGUAUUGAUCUGUUUUUAUGAUUUAAUAAUAAUGAAUGAGAAAAUUUAUCGAAGUUUAAAAAAUUUGGAAGGUUUUCAUGUACCUUAAAAAUAUAUGCUUAAAUUUGUACUACAUUUACCAAGAUAAUGAAUAAGUUUUAGGCCGAAUUUGUGGAAUAAUUAUGAAUCAUAACUUUAUAUUUUAAUUACAUUUUCAAAAUUGUAAGUUAAAGAAGGAAGGAAAUUAAAAGAAUUUGAAAGCAAUAUAAUUAAGGAAGGAAUUUAAAAGGAAUAUAAUAUAAAUUAAAUGUAAUUAUUUAUAGUGGAAUAUACCAAGCAAAACAAAAACUCACUUUUAUAUUGAAUAUGAAUUUGCUCUACAAUUCGUACUUAACUAGUGUAAUAAAGGAAAAGCAAAUUUAUAAAGCAUUACAUUAAUACUUUAAUAAUUCAUUAAAAUGCAAAAGCUGUAACAAAACGGUUACAGUUAUCGAACAAGAAAGUAUUUAUAAUUGUGGCAAAUCGGCUUUUUUUAUAGUGUUACCAGUUUAUAGAAUUUACCUACAUAACAUAUAAGGUAUAUGAUUUUCAGUUUAAAAAAAUAUUUAAUAUCAAAUUAAUUCAUUUUUACUAAGCAGUAUAUUAAUAACAAAAUAAUAUUUUGUGAUUUUACAAAAGUGGCACAUUUAAUUUUGGCAGUUUGCUUUAAUUUUUUUCUCACUUUUGAUGUUCUAAUCCUUUGAAACUUUCAAACACUUGCAAAAAAUUUUUUUAUCGCAUUUCUUAAAAGUGAUUUUACUUGUAAUAUAUAUAUCACUAUCUACAUAUAUAAUGACAAAAAUGAUUUCUUUUCCCACCUCUUAGACAAAUAAUAAAGAUUUGCAGCCGUGCAAAUGAAUUUGAUAAAUGGUUAUAUUGCCAAAAUCUAUAAUUGUCCUGCUAUUAGUGCACAAAAUAUCAACAAAACUACAAUAUCAUCUUCACUUUGAUAGUUGAAACAUGUUGAUUAAGUCAUUCUAAGCUUCUUGUUUUUGCGAAAUCAGUUUCAAAUUUAUUUUCUGUAUUAAGUAAAGCUGUUUGCUUAAGUUUAAUUCAUUGAAAGCAGUUGUUUUAUUUUAUAUUCAAUGUAUUAAAAAAAAAUUUUUCUC